CUCUCCCCUCUCCCUAUACCUCCCCCCAAUGGCCAUAACCGCGAGCUUUCCAUUAACUCCCCCUCCGAGCCCCUCUCCUCCCUGCCGACCCUUCGCUCGCACCGCGUGAAAAGAGACUUGCCCAGCCCGUGACGGAGUGAGGAACGCCCGCCGCGUGGACUGGUUUGCGGCUCUCGCAGGAGGAGGCCAGAUUACAGUCGAGUAUUGAGCGAACGUGAAGAACCAAGCAAAAUGAGGGUGUUUCUCCCCAAUCAAGAUUGAAGCGGCCUGUUUUGCCAUCCCUGAUUGUUGGUGACGAAUAUGGAGUGGAUUUGGGGAACUUGGUUUCUGGUGGCUGUUCUCACGGUGUGUUGGUAUCGACAUAAGUCAGUGAAGAACAAGAUACAUGAGAGGCGCGGUGUCCCGAAAGGUAGCUCGGGUUGGCCUCUUAUCGGAGAAACGCUCGACUUCAUUGCCUGUGGAUACACUUCCAGACCUGUCAGCUUCAUGGACAAGCGCAAACAUCUUUACGGCAAAGUGUUCAAGACGCACAUCUUGGGAACGCCCAUCAUUGUGUCCACAGAUCCUGAUGUGAAUAAGGUGGUUCUGCAAAACCAUGGGAACGCUUUUAUCCCUGCUUAUCCUAAAUCAAUUACAGAGUUGCUGGGACAGAAUUCUAUACUUCAAACGAAUGGAUAUCUUCAAAAGAGGGUUCAUGCGCUGAUUGGGGGCUUCUUGAGAUCUCCACAAUUUAAAGCUCGUAUAACCAAAGACAUCGAGAACAGCGUUAAACUUACUUUGGCUUGUUGGAAAGACAUGCACGUGAUACACAUACAAGUGGAAAUCCAAAAGAUCACAUUCGAAGUUUUGGUUAAGAUGUUGAUCAGUAUUGGUCCCGGUGGAAACCUCGACAAUUUAAAGAGAGAUUUUGAGGAAUUCAUCAAAGGUUUGAUUUGUAUACCUAUCAAACUUCCUGGAACAAGACUAUACAAGUCUCUGAAGGCGAAGGAGCGGUUACUAAAGACGGUGGAAAGAAUUGUUAAAGAAAGAAAACUUUCUCUUGAGGAAUCAGAUGGAAAGGGCACGCUGAAUGACGCGCUUGAUGUGCUGCUAUAUGAUAAUGGUGAGCCCAAUGAGAAGCAAUGCCUUCCAAUGGACUUUAUCUGUGGGAAUAUCAUUGAAAUGAUGAUCCCAGGAGAAGAGACUGUGCCCACAGCCAUGACCCUGGCCGUCAAAUUUCUCAGUGAUUCACCUGUUGCAUUAAAGCAGUUGAUGGAGGAAAACCUGGAAUUGAAGAGGCAGAAGGCUGAAUCAGGUGAUGAAUAUGGAUGGACUGAUUAUAUGUCUCUGUCAUUUACUCAAAAUGUGAUUAGUGAAACCCUGAGAUUGGCAAAUAUUAUUAACGCUGUCUGGAGAAAAGCACUGAAAGAUGUGGAAAUCAAAGGUCACUUGAUACCACAAGGAUGGUGUGUUUUGGCAUCCUUUAUCUCCGUACAUAUGGAUGAAGACAACUAUGAAGAUCCAUAUGAAUUCAAUCCUUGGAGAUGGGAGAAAACAGUAGCCGCGGUCAAUAACACCUGCUUUACACCAUUUGGGGGUGGACAGAGGCUAUGUCCAGGCUUAGAAUUAUCCAGGCUCGAGAUCUCAAUCUUUCUUCAUCACUUUGUCACCACUUACUGUUGGAUAGCUGAGAAAGAUGAGAUCGUCUCCUUUCCAACUGUCAAGAUGAAGAGGAAGCUACCUGUAAGGGUCACGCCGUUAAGUGCAACUGCCGUAUGAUUGGCCAAACACAAUUUGGUGGAUGAACCUUAACAACCAGGUCAAUCAUGGAGUUUUUAGAGGCAUUAGAUGCUUGGAGAGGUCUUGCCCACUUCAAGGACCAUGUGUAGGCACUUUGUGUAUAGCUGCACUUCUUUAUGUACUCGAAAAUGCCAUGCACUACAACGAACUGCAAACUGUUAUUUGUCUUAUUUCUUCUCUGAGAAAAGGCUAAGCAAUCCUUCUCUGAUUUUCUGGGAAUAGAAAAGGAUUGCUCAGGAA